AUUAUUAUAAAAUUAAGAAAAACUACAUUAAAUGGCUUCCAAAGCAUCUGAUUUUGAAAUAUUUGAAAAACAGUUCGCAGAACUGGUUGCAGAAUUUCAACAGUUGAGCAUAUCAGAGACACGGUUACGAGACGCGCUUCGUGCGGAAGCAACUCGCGCAGAGGCAGCGGAAGCGGCGCGGGACGCGUUACAGCGAAACGCGAUAGAUGCGCGUGCGAACGCCGAGGCGGCCGCAGCCGGCGCCGCACAAGUCGCGGAUACACUAACACGGGUUCAAGAUGAACUAACCAGCGUCAAAAUGGAAUUAGAACUUAAGGAGCGACAACGUUCCAUGUUCGAGGAGAAAUGUUCAGAUAUGAAUUUGAAAAUAGUUGAACUCGAGAGAGAGCUGCUGCAGAUACGGCCCAUAAUUUCCUCAUAUUCAACGUUACAGUGUGAUUAUUUGGAACUACAAGAAAAAAUUACCACUUCGACGGAGCUCGCUCGAAGAGAAGCCAGCCGUUUGGAAGGUGAAUUGCGCCGUGUAGAAAAAUGUGCGAGCGCUGGUACGGAGUUGCGUGAACGCGCGCGACUUGCGGCUGCAGCGCACGCGCGGGAGAGACGCCUCGUAACCGCCGAGCUACACGACACGGCUCGUGAACUUCAACGUGCAAAUGUUGAAAUAACACAUCUGAAGACGUUAAACUCUGAACUACAAUACCGACUUUCCGAGGCAGCGGUUAAAAUUAAAAAAGAAAGCGUCGAAAAUUUUAACUACGAAGUGUUAAUGGAAACGAAAGCUGCUCUAAAAGCAGAGAGAAACACGACAUCAAGACUUGAACAAGCGUUGGCCACUGCAGUAGCUGAUAACAUGACUCUGGCUGCACAAAUUCAUGCCAUUGACAAUAAAGAAGUUAUGUGCUCUGAAAAAACUGUGACCGAUGAUGCAGUUCCAACGAAUAUAUGCCCUCUUGACUUGUUUCUUGCAGAAUAAUCGCAAAAUUAAAUUUAUUAUUUUCAAAAGAUUAAAGUCAAAAGUAAUUAAGGAGAGGUUUGUAGUUAUGUUAGGGUUUCUUCCCAAUUUCUCCGCCAAUUCUCAACGAAUUGUAUUGGUACAUUU